CAAGUACUGAAACCUCACAAGAAACAAUUAAUGUUACCAUGCAAUCUGACCUAAAGUUAACAUGUUCUGUCGACUCGAAUCCAGAACCUUCAAAUUACCAAUGGUAUAACCCCGAUGGAAGUUACGCAGCUGUCACGAGAUAUCUGGAUUUAUCAAAUAUCAGUAAAAACCAAGGUGGUGACUAUAAGUGUGAAACUAUGACAAAGCUUGUACCAACAAAUGGAGACCCAAUUACAAAAAUGCAUAGUAAAAUCUUUCAUGUUAAUGUUUUAUAUGCACCAAAAGAUGAAUCCUUACAUGAAAUUGUAAAUGUUACUGUGAACUCAAACGUGAUGUUGAAUUGUUCAGUCGACUCUAAUCCACAGCCAUCUAGUUACAAGUGGUAUUCUCCUGGUGGAACUGUUAAAUUAUAUACGAGAGAUCUACUGAUAUCAAACAUUAAGAAAACUGACGGCGGAGACUAUAGAUGUGAAGCUGUUAUAGUAUUAGUACCAACGGAGGGUGAACCUAUAACAAAAAUGUACACACAUAUCACCACCGUCAAUAUAUUAUCUUCUUUAGGGCAUGGUGAACAAGGAGUACGUGGCCAACCCAAGAUUAAUACGACCAACAUGAAAACCGUUGGAUUGGGUGUUGGAAUAUCAGCUGCCAUCAUUGUGAUUAUCGUGGUUGUAGUAAUUGCAGCAGUAUGUUACAGAAAACGUCAUGUUAGAGGUCAGAAUCGAGAAUUAAACAGAUUUCAUAACGCUCCAGAUGCUAGGCCUUUUGCUGGUAUAGAAGUCAGUACAAUAGCAGGACAGUCGAGUGAAAAUCCGUAUGCCGUCCUGUACGACAACAGGCAGGAUGGGAAUACUGCUCGUGAAAUCAGUGUUAUAGAAUCUCCAACCAAUGGUUCAGAGGAAGAACAUCCUUAUGACACCGUAACAUGUAAGCAAAGAACCGAGGGUGAGUGAAAUCUAAGGAAUAAAGAAGAUUAACUAGCACCUAUCAGCACUAUUAUAUCACAAUCAUUUUAGUAGAUGGCUCUUCUUGAAGAUGUAUACACUUUACGACAUAGAAUUUUAACACCGUGUUUAAAAGUUUUUUUUAUGUUUUUACCCAUUUUAGUUUAUAACUCCCUCAUAUGUAAAUAAUCUUUAUUAAACCACUUGUUAUGUAUAUAAUUUAUUGGGCGUUAAAUUUGUAAUACACAACAACAACAGAAGAUAUCGCCUCAUUAAAUGAUUUGUUUCUGGAUAUUUUACACCUAGUGGCAAUGGACUGAGUAAAAUUCGUAGCCCAAAAACCCAGCAUAUUUUACGUCGUCAUACAAAUGUACCAGUCUCGGAUGUCUGUCGCCUUUUGUUACAAGUAACAGAAAUACUUUAAUGAAAACCGUCCACAAACAUAAAUGCUAUCUGUUACAACCUAAUAAUCUUUAUCAGUAAAUAAUAGAUUUUGUACAGUCAGUUUAUAAAUUGCUUGUAAACGUAGUUAUUAAAAAUCUAUACCUUCGUAUA